AUGGAUUUGAGUGAGUUGAGAAAAGCGAUAGAGGAAGUUGAACUUGUAGAUGGCCAUGCCCACAACUUGGUUGCACUUCACUCCAACUUUCCUUUCAUUCAUGCCUUUUCCGAAGCACAAGGUGAUGCUCUCGCUUCUUCACAUCACUCUCUAUCCUUCAAGAGAAAUCUAAGGGAUUUAGGUGAGCUGUAUGGAUGUGAGUCAUCUUUACAAGGUGUCGAAGAAUACCGAAGAGUUUCUGGAUUGGAAUCCACAUGUUCGGCGUGUUUCAAAGCUGCAAGAAUCUCUGCUAUACUCAUAGAUGAUGGGUUAGAAUUGGACAAAAAGCAUGAUAUAGAAUGGCACAAGAAUUUUACACCUUUUGUUGGUAGAAUCUUAAGAAUUGAAAAAGUCGCUGAGAAAAUCCUUGAUGAAGAUUUUCCAGACGGUUCUCGCUGGACAUUGGAUUUGUUCACUGAAGCAUUUGUCUCAAAGUUGAAAUCGGUGGCUGGUGAGAUCUUUGGAUUGAAAAGCAUAGCAGCUUACCGCAGUGGCCUAGAAAUCAAUACAAAUGUGACUAAACAAGAUGCCGAGGAGGGUCUCACGCAGGUGUUACUCGCCGGGAAGCCUAUCCGUAUUGCUAACAAAAAUCUUAUUGACUACAUCUUCUUGCAAAGUUUGGAAGUUGCUCAAUCCUAUGACUUGCCAAUGCAGAUACACACAGGGUUCGGGGAUAAAGAUUUGGAUAUGCGACUGUCGAAUCCUCUUCAUCUCCGUUCAGUUUUCAAGGACAAGAGAUAUUCAAAAUCUCGGAUUGUUCUUUUACAUGCAUCUUAUCCAUUCUCAAGGGAAGCAUCAUAUCUAGCAUCUGUGUACUCCCAGGUUUAUCUUGAUUUUGGGUUGGCAAUUCCAAAGCUUAGUGUACAUGGCAUGAUUUCAUCACUGAAAGAGCUUGUAGAUCUGGCUCCAAUAAAUAAGGUGAUGUUUAGUACCGAUGGCUAUGCAUUUCCUGAAACCUACUACUUAGGUGCAAAGAAGUCUCGCGAAGUUGUUUUCUCGGUUCUGCGUGAUUCGUGCAUUGAUGGCGAUAUCUCAGUUUCUGAGGCUGUGGAAGCUGCAAAAGAUAUCCUUGCUAGAAAUGCAAUCAAUUUCUAUAAGAUUAAUAUUUCUAACAGUGCUGUUAGUUCACAUAAUAUCUUACCCUUAAAUGUGAUCGAUGACUUAGAGAGUGAUGUUUCAUUUGUUCGUAUAAUAUGGGUUGAUAAUUCAGGACAACAUAGAUGCCGCGCUGUUCCUAAAAAGCGUUUCAAUGAUGUUGUUACGAAGAAUGGGGUUGCUUUAGCGUUUGCGGUUAUGGGAAUGACUUCUUUUCUGGAUGGACCUGCAGCUGGAUCUGGUUUAGGGGCUGUUGGUGAAGCAAGAUUAACGCCUGAUUUGUCUUCUAAAAGGGUGAUUCCCUGGAGCAACCAAGAUGAAAUGGUUUUAGGUGAUCUGAAUGUUCAACCAGGCCAAGCAUGGGAAUGUUGUCCAAGAGAAGCUUUAAGAAGAGCUUCCAAAAUUUUGAAAGAUGAAUUUGGCUUGGUAAUGAAUGCAGGAUUUGAGAAUGAGUUUUUUCUCUUGAAGAGCCUAACAAGGGAAGGAAUAGAAGAAUGGAUACCAGUUGACUCGAGUCCUUACUGCUCCUCGUCAGCGUUUGAUGCUGCUUCCACAAUACUUCACGAAGUUGCUUCUGGUUUACAUUCUAUCGGCAUUCAAGUAGAACAGUUGCAUGCUGAAGCUGGAAAAGGUCAAUUUGAGUUGGUUUUAGAACAUACUGUUUGUACCAAAGCUGCAGACAACUUAGUUUACACGCAUGAAACUGUUAGGGCAAUUGCUAGAAAACAUGGCUUGCUCGCAACUUUUAUUCCAAAGUACAAGUUAGAUGAUUUGGGUUCCGGAAGCCAUGUGCAUCUAAGCUUGUGGCAGAACGGUCGAAAUGUAUUUAUGGCAUCCGAUGGAUCAUCAAAGUAUGGAAUAUCAACUUUGGGAAAAGAAUUUAUGGCUGGAGUUCUAUAUAACCUUCCUUCGAUUUUGCCGUUUAUAGCACCACUUCCUAUCAGUUACGAUCGGUUGCAACCCAACACAUGGAGUGGCGCAUACUUGUUCUGGGGAAAUGAAAAUAAGGAGGCUCCAAUACGAGCUUCAUCUCCCCCUGGAAUUCCUAACGGUUUAACAAGUAAUUUUGAGAUUAAAUCAUUUGACGGUUCCGCAAACCCGUACUUAGGCUUAGCUGCUAUAGUUGGUGCUGGCAUUGACGGGCUUCGUAAGCAUCUUUCCCUUCCCGAACCUGUUGAUACAGAUCCAAAUCCUGACAACCUUCAGAGAUUACCAAAAUCACUUUCGGAAUCUUUGGAAGCUCUCGAUAAGGCCGACUUCCUUGAGGAAUUUAUUGGUGUUAAGUUGCUGACUGUGAUAAAAGCAAUUCGAAAGGCUGAAAUUGAUCAUUACUUGGAGAACAAGGAAGCAUACAAGCAACUCAUACACCGUUAUUGA